AUGCCCAAGUCCGGAUUCGAUCCGCAGCGCCAUCAGCGCAAGCUGCAUCGCCACAAUCCACUCGCCAAGUCGUCGGCAUCGAGCAGCGCCGCGGCAUCGCCCGCCAGCGUGGCAUCCUCGACGCUCGACGCACUCCAGCAGGCUGCAAAGGGUGCCGGCGCCGACACCUCCAGUCCCAAGUCUAGCAAGGCUGCCAAGGCUGCCAGCAACGCUGCGGCGACCAACGAUAUCAUCCCGCUGCUCGCCAACCUGCCUGCUCCCGACGCGCCGUCCGCUUCACCCAUCAACCUCGCCGACAAGGUGUGGGCGCUCGCUUCGGUCUCGCUCCUGCUCUCCGUCAGUCCUACUCAGUCCGCGGCAGAGGUCAAGCUGCAUCGCAAGCUCCUCCUCUCGCACAACCUCGUCGGCAGGCUCAUCCUCGCGCUCCACUCCCACACCGAGGUCGACGUGCGCCGCGAAGCCAGCGGCGCGCUCCGCAACCUCUGCGUCGACGCAGGCAUCGAUGUGCGCAACGAGCUGGUCAACAAGGGCGGCAUCCCCGCCAUCCUCGCCGCGCUGCGCUGGGCAAGCAAUGCGCUUGGCUUCGACGCCGCCCCCGCCGCCAGCGCCAAUCCGUCCAUUUCGUUCGUCGACGACGCACCCACCCAGGAGCAGGACAUCGAGGCCAAACGUGCCCUGCUCGCAAAGCCGCUCGACAAGAUGAACAAGAAGGAAAAACGACACGCCACCAAGCUCGCCACCGCGCUCGGCAAGACGCUCGAACAGCUCGCCGGUCAGGGCCUCUCGGCAGACGACGAGGCCAAGCUCACUGCAUCCCAUCAGCCCUCCAACGGCUCCUCGGAUCAAGUCAUGGACACGGCAUCCUCGGUCGCUCCCGCAGCUGUGCGCGCCGCAGAGCCGUUCCUCAGCCUCGACUCCAACACGCGCAAAGGUCUCGUCGAGAUGGCCGACAACCUCGUCACGCUCGUCUGGAGCCUGUGCGAGUCCGGAGACAAGGCCUUCGCCAAGCUCGUGUCGUGGAAGUGGCUCGAUCACGACAUUGUCGGCGCGGCGGCUGCCAAUGACGAACUGAGCGGUGAGGGUCUCGCCUCUUGGCUCUCCUCCGCCAUCGCCCUCGGCUCCCGAGCCGCUGCUGUUCUGUCCACGGCCGGCGCAGACGGCUCGCGAGCAUCGUCUUCGUCCGCGCACGAUGCGGCCGAUGCGCUCGGCGUGCUCUCCAACGAGGAGCUCUCGCUGCUGCUCGACCUUGCCUUGGCGUCAGGUAAUGCGCUUUGCGCCUUGACCGAUGGCGGUGAGGCCGACUUUGUCGAUGGUCUGCUCUCUCGCAAGAUGCCCGCGCACAUUCCCAAGGCUGCCAAGAAGAAGGCGGCAUCCGUCUCGAUCGACGUGCGCGUGGUGCAGUCGAUUGACGAGCAGCCAGAGGCGGCUACGCGCCGCCUCGCCGCUAUUCAGACGGCCGUGACGCUGCUCGAGGCAUGCGUGCAGACGGACCAGUCGGGCAUCGACAAGCUCAAGCGCUACAUUCUGUCGCAGUCGACCAUGCUGGGUGUGCUUUGUGCCGGCGUGCUGCGCAAUGUGGCAGCAGCCGUCGACUCGCACGCCUCGACACGGUCGAGCGGCAAGGCGCGCAAGAACGCCGCCGCCGCCGCUUUUAGCUCGGACAACGUCUUUCUGCCCGCGUCGUCUGGCGCGGGUGUGGCGAGCAAGAGCGAGAAGGGAAAACUCGAUGCAUCGCAGGGUGUGUCGCUGAAGCGAUUCGAGGAGGCGACGGUGCUGCCGACGCUUACGCGGCUGCUGGCGGGCGUGGAUAUGACGCGGCUCGCGCACGAUCUCGAUGGUCGAGGCGAUGUGGGCGACGUGUCGCUCGACGGAUCCAAGGACGCAGACGAGGCGGCGGUGCGCGCCAAGAUGCAGCGCAAGGCCGAGGAGCAGGCGCAGACGCUCAUGCUUGCGCUCGAGGUGGUGGCCGAGAUGGCGGGCUCGCUCGACGCGCGUGCGGGAGCAGAUGGCGAUGAGGGCGAGUGGCUCGAGGACCUCGAUGCCGAAGACGCCGGUGACGAGGAUAUGGACAUGGGCGAUGAAGACGACGACGUGCCCGAGGACAUGGAGGCCAUGCUCAACGACGAGGCGGGUGACGACGACAUGCGCGUGGAUGCGGAGCAAAAGGAUACCUUUGCCGACGCGGUCAAGCGCAGUGGAAGCAUGCCGUUCGAGGCGUAUGCGCCCGUGCUGUGUGCGAUCUUUGGCGAUGCCUCGUCGCUCACCGACGCGCUGUUGGCACUGGCUAGGCCGUUUGAGGCGAGCUUUCCGUCGCUGUCGUCGGGGGCCAAGAGUGCGGAUGCGGAUGCGACGACGUCGGGACAGCUGCGUGGGCUGCAUCUGCGCUCGCUGUCGGUGCUCAACAAUCUGAUGCUCAGGCUCGCGUCGUUUUCGCCGCCGCCACCGUCGCAGCCCGCAACGGAACCGAAGCUGCAGCGACGCAUUGCGGCGUUGCGCGCGUGGACGCAGCAGCCCACGCCUGCACGCACGCUGGGCAGCGUGUGGACGAGUCUGUUUGACAUCGCCAAGGGAUGUGCAAGUGUUCCUGCCGUUGCCGGGGCGGGCGCGGGCGCGAUUGUCGAGGAUGGCGUGGUGGGCUCGAUCGGCAGUGCAGACGGCAGGGAGGUGGGAGAGGGCGAGGGUGGCGAUGGGAUGGCGAUGGUCGAGACGUGCAUUGGCACCAUGUGGUCGGUGGCACGAAUCGUCGAAGGCAACGUUGCGCUUUCGGCCGAGCCGGCGGUGAGGGUGACGGACGCGGGUGCGGUGUCUAGCGAGGUGGUUUCGGCGCUGGUGGCGGGGUAUGCGUCGGCGAGGAGCGAUGCGAUGCGCGUCAAGUGCGUGCUGCUGCUCUCGACCAUCGCUCGUGCGCCCGCCGUGCAUGCGAACCUCAACGCUCACAUUGGCAACUGGCUCGUAUCGCUGCUCGAGGCCAUCCCCGAGCGUGGCUCUGCUGGAACGACGCCGGAGAGCAUGGUUGCGGCGAUCAAUGGGUUGAUCGACGUGUAUGCGGACGAAACGGCGACGUACGAUGCACAUGGCUUCCGCGAACAGGGUCUGUUGGCUAGGAUGCGGCUCACGCUGUUCCGGUGCAAGGCGCUGGCGAGGACGAUCGACCGACGCAAGCAGAUCUCGCUGCGCGCCAGUGCCGAGGAGGCGCUCGAGAAUCUGGCAGGUUUCAUCCAGUAUCGCCAGAGCCUUGGGUUGUAG